GACCUCAAAAAUGUGUGGAUUGAACUGUCGCGCUUCUGGGAGGAGAUUGAACAGCUACGCGAGACGCCCUGGCAAUCAGUUCAACCACGCAAGAUUCGCCAACAGAUUGAUGAGAUGGUGCGGCGCUUGAAGGAGGUUCCCGCGCGUCUUCGCCACUAUGCUGCUUACGAGCACAUCAAGAAAACGGUGCAGGGCCUUGCCAAGGUCAACGUCCUCCUGACUCUGGGCCAGUUGUGGGACGUGGACUUGCAGAAGAAUGAAGCAAUCAUCCGGGAGGUCUUCCUGGUGGCUCAGGGUGAAAAGGCCUUGGAGGAGUUUCUCAAGCAGGUUACCGAAGUCUGGAAGACCUACGAGUUGGACCUCGUUGUCUACCAGAACCGUUGUCGUCUGAUUCGCGGGUGGGAUGACCUCUUCAACCGCGUUAAGGAACACAUUAACAGCGUGACUGCAAUGAAAUUGUCACCAUACUUUAAACAAUUCGAAGAGGAGGCGCUUGCCUGGGAAGAUCGUCUCAAUCGUAUAAAUGCUCUCUUCGACGUCUGGAUUGACGUUCAGCGUCGUUGGGUUUACCUCGACGGUAUAUUUUCCGGUUCAGCCGACAUCAAGACCCUGCUGGCCCAAGAGUCUCAGCGCUUCUCCACUGUGAGCACUGAAUUCCUCGGAUUGUUGAAAAAGGUUUCCAAGUCACCCCUGGUGAUGGACGUCCUUAACAUUCCCAACGUGCAGAGACAGCUUGAACGACUGGCUGAUCUGCUCUCGAAAAUCCAGAGAUCGCUCGGCGAGUAUUUGGAACGCCAACGGUCCUCGUUCCCGAGGUUCUACUUUGUUGGUGAUGAGGACCUGUUGGAGAUUAUCGGCAACAGUAAAAACAUUCCACGUCUACAGAAGCACUUCAAGAAGAUGUUCGCCGGGGUGAAUUCGAUCAAACUGAACGAAGAGUGCACAGAGGUUCUCGGUCUGAUCUCAAAAGAGGGCGAAGAGGUUGACUUUGCCCAUGUUGUGUCAAUUAAGGACAACCCCGUCAUCAAUGAUUGGCUGCGUCUCCUGGAGCAGGAGAUGCGCGUCUCCCUGGCCACUUCCUUGGCACGGGCCGUGACUGAACUACAGUAUGUUUGCAUGUUUGGCUAUCCAAACGAGACGCACACCUGGUGCUGUGCUGAGUUCUUACUUGUUACCGUGCGCGUAUGCGUCUGGUCUGCUUUGACGCAAAUGACCUCUGCCGCCAACCUAGAAAAGACAGGUUUCCUCACCUGGCUGGACAAAUACCAAGCACAACUUGUCGUCCUGGCCUCGCAGAUCUGUUGGUCCGAGGCUGUGGAGAGCGCGCUUACCUCAAUGAACGGUAAGCCGGCUGCAUCCAAGGACAAAUCUCCCAUUGCCGCUUGUCUCAAGUCUGUGGAGACCAUGCUGACAGUUCUGGCUGACACAGUCCUCUAUGAACAGCCGCCGGUGCGUCGUCGUAAACUAGAACACCUCAUCAUCGAACAUGUGCACCAGCGUGAUGUACUGCGCUCCCUGAUGGAUGCCGGCGUCUGUUCCAACCGCGCCUUCGAUUGGCUCAGCCAGAUGCGCUUCUACUUCGACCCCAAACAGACCGACCCUCUGCGUCAGGUGUCAAUUCAGAUGGCCAAUGCUAAAUUCGCUUACGGUUUUGAGUACCUUGGCGUUAUGGACCGAUUGGUACAAACCCCGCUUACAGAUCGCUGCUACCUCACUAUGACACAGGCUUUGGAGGCGCGUCUGGGUGGAUCACCGUUUGGUCCCGCGGGUACCGGUAAGACAGAGUCAGUGAAAGCUUUGGGCAUGCAGCUUGGCCGUUUUGUGCUCGUAUUCAACUGUGACGAAACAUUCGACUUCCAUGCCAUGGGUCGCAUCUUUGUCGGCCUGUGUCAGGUUGGCGCUUGGGGCUGCUUCGAUGAGUUCAAUCGUCUGGAAGAACGUAUGCUAUCCGCCGUGUCUCAACAAAUCCAGGGAAUCCAAGAAGCUCUGCGUGAAUUGGCAAUCGAUAGCAAGUCAACCAAGGACGUCACUGUUGAAUUGUUGGGCAAAAAUGUAUGUCAUCUCCACCCCUCUCCCGUCAACUUUUACACCUCGGGUUACAUUGUCUCUGUCAACCCGGAGAUGGCCAUCUUUAUCACCAUGAACCCUGGAUACGCCGGACGUUCCAACUUACCGGACAACUUGAAGAAACUCUUCCGAUCCCUGGCAAUGACACAACCCGACCGCCAGUUGAUCGCCCAAGUCAUGCUCUAUUCGCAACUCUGCGACGAACAGCUCUCCCAACAGCCGCACUAUGACUUCGGCUUGCGUGCCUUGAAGUCUGUUCUGGUUUCCGCAGGCAACGUGAAACGCGAUCGUAUCCGCCGCACCAAGGAGGAACUGAAGUCUAAAAACGAAGAGAUUAACGAAUCGGUAAUUGCUGAACAGUUGCCAGAACAAGAGAUUCUCAUCCAGUCAAUUAUGGAGACGAUGGUACCCAAGCUGAUCGCUCAGGACAUUCCCCUCCUGUACAGCCUCCUCAGCGACGUCUUCCCUGGCGUCCUCUACUGCCAAUCCCCAAUGGAAGCGUUGCGGAGGGAACUGCGUCGUGUCUGUGACGAGAUGUACCUCGUCUAUGAGGAUGAGGGCCUUGCCUGCACUCGAGCUUCCUCUGGUAGUGCCGGAGAUACCGCUGCCACAACGAACGCCGCCAAGGUUCUGCAACUCUACCAGAUUACUUGCAUUCAUCACGGUUUGAUGAUGGUGGGUCCUUCGGGCAGUGGUAAGUCCAUGGCCUGGCGUGCCCUCCUCAAGGCCCUUGAACGUGUCGAGGGUGUAGAAGGCGUUGCUCACGUUAUCGAUCCCAAGUCUAUCAGCAAGGAUUCCCUCUACGGGUACCUGGACCCGAACACCAGGGAGUGGACCGAUGGUCUCUUCACACACACUCUUCGAAAGUAA